CUUCAGACGCCGCUCAUUGGCCGUGUGGAUGUCCUCAUCAUUGGGGUUUAGUUUGAAGGUGCCCUGGGCCCACUCCUCAGCUACCUGUAGCAGAUAGCAGCAACACGGGGGUCAGGAGGGUGGCAUCAGCAGUUGAAUCCUGGCAGCGCUCCACCCCCGAGGAGAAUCACAGACCAAGAGCACGUUUGCUCAGGAGCCAUAGGACCACAGGAGCAUUAAGGGAUGAAGAGACAGUCAGCACAGCAUGUGGUUAAAGGGCACCUCUCUAGGCAUAUGAUCACUACGAGGGGAGAUGACAGGCUUGGGAUGAUACCGCAGCCUGCGCUCGCUCGGGGAUUUGGUGAAAGCCUGGGACCACAGGAAGGGACGCUGGGUUGGGCCUGGGAGUGUGGAGAGUACCUUGUCCAGGCCCUGGAGUAUCUGGUCCAUCUCGGUCUUGGUGAGGAUCCCCGCCUUCUGCAGGCCCCGGCUGUAGGCCUUGCUGCCCUGCACGUCCACCUCCCAGAGGUGCUGGUCAUAGGUGAUGGACGAGUUGAACUUCUCCAUGAUGGGGUCCACUGCGCCCACAAACCGGCCACCCCACAGCUUUCCGCUCUGGCCAGGAGGGCAUGAUCAAUUAGUCUCCUCCCCCCUUGAGAACAGGACCUCCCACAAAGGGCCCUCAGGAGAGUUAUCAGAUCUGACGGCAGUGGGAGCCAGCGGGCAGGGUUAUUCUCACUGGACAGAUAAGGAAACUGAGGCUCAGAGAGGGUUAGGAACUUGCCCAGAGUCACUCAGGGAGUGAAUGUGGGAAAUUGGCUGGACACUGAAGUUAGGUUCUUUCCCACCAUGGGGCGCUGCUCCAGGGAGAUGGUGGCAGGCACCCCUGAGACCACAGCAGAACUUCUGGGACCCUUCCUGCCACUGACCAAAGUGAGAAGUUACUCUGGAAUCCAGCUCUGAUGUACCAGGGAUAAUGACAAUAAUGCUGGCUAACAUACGUCGCAUUCUCACUGUCUGCCAGGCACCAUUAUUUGCUCGUCACGCAGACGGCAACGCUGUGAACUGGGUACCAAUACUAUCCUGCUACAGAGAGGAAAAACUGGGGCACAGAGCAGAUCUUUACCUUGCCCUUGCUGAGAGCGGCAGAGCCCGGACUGCACCUCGGCAGCCGGAAUUCGAAGCCCUGCUCUAAACCCCACAUGCCACCAGGACCUCUCUGCUGGCUCUGCUGUUCUGAACAUUUGCUGCAGGAACAGGAAGGAUGCCAGCGCUGCGCUGCUCAGUAACUAUGAGGUGUUCCAGUUACUAACUGAUAUGAAAGAGCAGCGUAAAGAAAGUGGAAAGAAUAAACACAGUUCUGGGCAACAGAACUUGAAUACUAUCACGUAUGAAACACUAAAAUACAUAUCAAAAACACCAUGCAGGCACCAGAGUCCUGAGAUUGUGAGAGAAUUUCUCACAGCAGUGAAAAGCCACAAGUUAACCAAAGCUGAAAAGCUUCAGCUGUUGAAUCACAGGCCAGUGACUGCUGUUGAGAUCCAGCUGAUGGUGGAGGAGAGUGAAGAACGGCUGACAGAGGAGCAGAUAGAAGCUCUGCUCCACACCGUCACAAGCAUCCUCCCUGCGGGGCCAGAGGCUGAGCAGAAGCAAAAUACCAACGAUGACGUGACAAUGGACGAAGAGGACCCAGCAUAGAAGAGCACAACUGGCCCAAGUGUCUCGUGAAGUUGAAAGGCCCAGCAGCCAUUUCCCAGACAUUCAGAGGAUUAUUUAUUUGGUUUUACCUUCUAUCCCAACAGGCCUGAUUUCCUGGUUAGUUGGGUAAACCACAAAAAUAAGCCUUUCUCAAAAACAAGCUAAAAAGAAAUCCUUGUGCCUCUGAAAGAAGAAACAUGGUGGAUAGGCUGAGGUUGUCAGGGCAGAGAGCUAAAGAGAGGAAGAGUGAGUCCAAGAGGACAAUACUGUGGAACUCUCUGUGGUAAAAAUAUUUCUUCUGUGGCCUUUGCCAUGGUUGUGGGAAGGUCCCUGUACACAGCUGGUAAAAUACUUGGCACUGGCUUUGAUGGGCCAUAUCCUAAUUAAUUUCAUCUGCUUCCCCAGGAGCUUCCCAAGCAGGCAUGCAGAGCAUUGCUAGGAUGAGAGCUGAGUUACGAGAAUCCUGUUAGAUGGCUAAAAACUCCCGAAGCAGCAAAUAGUUGCUCUAAGUUAAAAUGAGCCACUGAACUGGGCUCACCUUAGAGGAAUCUUUUCCUUGAGAACAGCAGAGAUAAGAGAACGCCUGGACAACUCUUCAUUAGGUCUAAAGGCCCCUUUCCUCUGCUGGCCUGGGCUUUGUUUACAGCUCACUAAUUAGUCUUAAAUGGUAGGGCACCAGCUCACUCCAGUUGAAAAGAGGCACUCCAGACUGAAUGACCGUGUCACCUGCCUUUCUGAAUACCUUCAGUUUCCUGCCCUGUGACAGGCUCUGCCUGUUGAAGCCAGGUGAGCUUCAUUUGCACAAUGGGCAAAUUGUUUGCAUCUUUUAAAAAGGGCAAUUCCCUGGGGUUCCAGUGGUUAGGACUCUGCACUUUCGCUGCUGAGGGCAUGGGAUCAAUCCCUGGUUGAGGAACUAAGAUCCCACAAGGUGCAAAUUGUGGCUCGAAACAAAAAAAAACCCCAAAAUGAAGAGGGUACAGUUAUGUAGCUCUUUUUGUGGAUGGAAUAUGAAGAGCUAGAGGUUAAUUAAUAAGAAUUUGAAUUUGUUGACUGUUGCAUCAGUUUUUGAAUUUAAAAUAUUAGGAUAAUUACCAUGUGAAGAACUUGUUAAUAUUCAGGCUUUGGAGAGUUUAGUAGCCCCAGACAUGUAGUUGCCUUAGAUCCUAGGAAUAUUGUUAAAAAUUAAUUUCCCAUAUUCACUCUGCUCCCUAUUUGGGGAAGAAAAUGCCCAUAGACAUUAAUUUUUCAAAUUGGUACUCAUGUUGUAAGAUCACAUUUUCAGUGCUUCUGUUAAUUGGAUUACUUCCCACCCCUUGGAAUUCCCAGGUUAUUUCAGCCUCCCCACCACCCCUGCCAAUAGGCAGUUAUGUUCAUCUUAACCUUAUCAUCUAAAGAUCAGUUGAGAUCUGCUUACAGGCAACAUUGAAAUUAACAGGGCAUUUAUUUUUUAUUUUAUAUUUUUUAAAUUAAUUUUUAUUGGAGUAUGUUUGCUUUACAAUGUUGUGUUAGCCUCCACUGCACAACAAAAUGAAUCAGCCAUACACGUACAGGGCAUUUAUAUUUUUAUUUUUAUUUUUCAUUGCAGAAAGAAUUCAGUGAGAGACAAAGUGAUAGGUAAGAAGUGGAUUUAUUUAGAGAGAAACACACUCCACAGACAGAGUAUGGGUCAUCUCAGAAGGUGAUAAAGGCCCAGGGCAUUUAUUUUUAAAUCUCUCUUUUGAGUAUCAGGAAUUUUACCAGGAGCUGUUGAUUUGUCAAAGCAUGCAUGUGCUUGUAUUAUUUUUGUUGCAUUUUGACCUUGAGUGUGUUAGGUGCUUUUUCCUCAUGGAUUCAGGGCUUAAUUAGUUAAUAAUAAAUUGUUUGCAGGUGACUGCCAACUUGUGCUAUUUUUAUAAAUCUUUGAAGAGUUUGUUUUGCCAUGGAUAGGAAGAAAUGAAAUGAAAUCUGACUUAAAAGCUAACAUAUAUAUGUAUUUUUUUAAUUUUAAUUUUUUUCUUAAGUUGAAUCUAUUUAGAUCUAAAUUUUGUGUUGGAUUUCAAGAAAAUUUUAAGUUUCUUUAUUUGGGACCUGAAUUUAGCCUCUGAUUAAGUUUCUGAUUAAGUCAGACAGGCUCUAGGAGACUUAACCUUUAUAAGAAAUAUGGUCUUUGUAAUAUUCCCAUAGCAUUAGUAAUCAACAUUUCAGAAAUAAAAGGUUGUAAUUUACACAGAAACUUAACCAGGAUCAUAUCUGGAAAGGAGAGCUGGGAGUCUAUGAGACUUGCUUUUCAUUUUAUGUCCUUCUGUAUGGCUUCAGUUUUUGACCAGGUGACUGUUUUAUUCUUUAAAAAGAAAAAAAAAUCUUUAUUUCCAUGUUGUCCUUGGCCUCUGCAAAAGUUAUUAAAUGUAUAGUGGAUAGUUAAGUUAUGUCCCAAACACGGAGACUGACACCCAGUCCAGUCACUCUGGGAGACGCAGCACUGAGGGGAUUGAUCUUUCAAGAAGGUACUGCUGAACUCUUAAAAGAUGAAGUUGACUCUCAGAGGUUUAUCCAAAUAAUUUCCUUGCCUCUUUUUGCUUAAAAGUUACUGUAUGACCCACUACCACCUCAGAGGACUUGCCACUUAUUCAAGGCUUGUUCAUAAAAUAAUGGGUACUGUUUUCCUAAUCAGUCAUUGUGUAAGCAUACCAGCUCUCAAGAGCUUAUACCCUAAUGAGAGAUGAGAGGAUCAAUCCUCCCGUAUAUUCUUUGCUAAAUCAUUUUCUCCCCUGAAAUCAAUUUAUUACUGCUUGUGUAAAUGGAUCAUUUCUCAGUAAACUAUAAAACAGACCACAUACCCUGAAAAGGAUCGUCAAUCUUAUUUAAUUACACAAUGAACUAAGGGCAUAAAAGGAAGCAAAACUGCCCAGAACUGGCCAGAAAUCCUUUUACAUAUUUUAAAAAUAAAGGUAUAAUUCACAGGGACUUCCUUGGCAGUCCAGUGGAAGCUGCACUUAGCCUUCCAGUGCGGGGGGUGUGGGUUUGUUCCCUGGUCAGGGAGCUGGGGUCCCACGUGCCUCGUGGCCAAGGGGCCAAAACAUAAAACAGAAGCAAUGUUGUAACAAGUUUAAUAAAGACUUAUAAAAGAGAAAAAUGUUCCACAUCAAAAAAAUCUUAAAAAAAAAGAUAUAAUUCAUGUACCAUAAAAUUUAUCAUUUUAAAAUAUACCACUCAGUGGUUUUGAGUAUAAUCACAAGAUUAUACAAUCAUCACUACUACCUAAUUCCAGAAUGGUUGCAUCACCCCUAAAAGAAGCCCCAUAUCCGUUAGCAGUCAUUCCCAAUUACCCAUAGUCCCUGGCAACCAGUAAUCUACUUUCUACUUUCUGUCUGUCUGUAUUUGCCUAUUUUGGACAUUUCAUGUAAAUUGAAUCAUACAGUAUAUGGCCUCUUGUAUCUGACUUCUUUCAUUUAGCAUAAUUUUUUCAAGGCUCAAAUGUGUUGUACCAUUCCUUUUUAUGGCUGAAUAAUACUUCAUUGAAUGGAUAUACCACAUUUUGUUUAUCAGUUCAUCAGUUGAUAGACAUUUGGGUUGUGUCUACUCUUCGGCUGUUAUGAAUAUGCUGCUGUGAACAUUCAUAUAUAAAUCUUUUGUGACUGUUUACCUUUCUUGAAUAUACGUGCCUAGGAGUGGAAUUGUUGGGUCGUAUGGUAACUCUGUGUUUAACAUUUUUUUUUUUUAAUUAAUUUUUUGGCCAUGCCUUGUGGCAUGCGGAAUCUUAGUUCCCCAACCAGGGUUCAAACCCAUGCCCCCUGCAGUGGAAGCACAGAAUCUUAACCACUGGACCACCAGGGAAGUCCCUGUGUUUAACUUUUUGAUGAACUACCAAACUGUUUUCCAUAGUACAUGUACCAUUUCAUGUUUCCACCAACAACCCAAGAUGGAAUCCAGGGAAUUCCCUGGCAGUCCAGUGGUUAGGACUCGGCGCUUUCACUGCCAUGGCCAGGGUUCAAUCCCUGGUCAGGGAACUAAGGUCCCACAAGCCACGCAGCAUGGCCAAAAAUGAUGGAAUCCAAUCUUUUGCUUGUUAUUGUCCCUCUUGUUGAUUAUAGCCAGCCUAGUGUUUGUGAAGUGCUAUCUCGUGGUUUUUAUUUGUAUUUCCCUAGUAGCUCCUAAGGUUGAGCAUCUUUUCAUGUGCUUAUUGGCCACUUGUAUAUCUUAUUUGGAAAAAUGCCUAUUGAAAUGCUUUGCACCUUAAAAAAUUAAUAGAUUUUGUUUUUUCAAGGAGUUUUAGGUUUACAGAGAAAUUGAGCAGAAAGUACAGAGAGUUCCUGUAUAGUCCCUUGUCCCCACCCCUCCCAACACAGUUUCCCCUAUUAACAUCUUGCAUUAGUGUGGUGCAUUUGUUACAGUUGAUGAGCCAGUAUUGGUACAUCGUUACUAAAAGUCCAUAGUUUACAUUAGGUUCAUUCUUUGUGAACCUAAUGUAAGUGCAGAAAGUGCAGUAAUGCAUACCUAGAAUGGGUUUUGACAAAUAUGUAAUAUAUAUAUAAUGUUAUAUGUGACAUCAUUACAGUGUCAUCAGAAUACUUUCAAUGCCCUAAAAAUACCGUUUGUUCCACCUAUUCAUCCCUCCCUCCCUUCCUCUAAAUUGUUGGCAACCACUGAUCUUUUCACUGUCUUCAUAGUUUUGCCUUUUUCAGAAUGUCGUAUAGUUGGAAUCAUACAGUAUGUAACCUUUUCAGGUUGGAUUUUUCACUUAGGUUACUCCAUGUCAUUUCAUAGCAUGACAGUUCAUUUCUUUUUAGUAUUGAAUAAUAUUCCAUUGUCUGCAUCUACCAGAUUGUUUCUCCAUUCACCUGUUGAAGGAAAUCUUGGUUACCGUCAAGUUUUGGCAAUUAUCAAAAAUAGCUGCUAUAAACAUUUGUGUGCAGGUUUAUGUGGACAGAAGUUUUUAACUCAUUUGUGUAAAUACCAAGGAGUGUGAUAGUUGGAUCAUAUGGUAAGAGGAUGUUUAGCUUUAUAAGAAACUGCCAAAUUGUCUUCCAAAGUGGCUGCACCAGUUUGCAUCACCACCAGCAUGAAUGAGAGUUUCUUUUGUUCCACAUCCUCACCAGAAUUUGUUGGUGUCAUUGUUCUGGAUUUUGGUCACUCUAAUAGGUGUGCGAUAUUGUCACAUUGUUGUUUUAAUUUGCAGUUCCCUAAAGACGUAUGUUCAGCAUCUUUUCAUAUGUUUAUCUGCCAUCUCUCUGUCUUUUUUGAUGAAGUGUCCCGAUCUCUUGCUCAUUUUUUCGUUAGGUUUUUGAGAUUUAAGAGGUUUUUAAAAUAUAUUUUGGAAACUAGUUCUUUAUCAAAUAUUGUGUUUUACAAAUAUUUUUCUCCCAGUCUCUGUGGCUUCUCUUUUCAUUCUCUUAACAGUAUCUUUCACAGGGCAGAAGUUUUAAUUUUAAUGAAGUCCAUCCUAUCCAGUUUUUCUUUCAUGGUUCAUGGGUUUUUUGUUUUGUUUUGUUUUUUUUUGGCCUCACUGCGUGGCAUGUGGGAUCUUAGUUCUCUGACCAAGGAUCAAACCCGCUCCCCCUGCACUGGAAGCGCUGGACCGCCAGGGAAUUCCCUCAUGGAUCAUGCUUUUGAUAUUGUACCUAAAAUGUCAUCAUGAAGCCCAAGGUCACCUAGAUUUUCUUCUGUGUUAUCUUUUGGAGUUUUAUAAUUUUGCAUUUUACAUUUAAGUCUAUGAUCCAUUUUGAGUUAAUUUUUGUAAAAAGUCUAAGACCUUUGUCUACAUUCUUUUUUUGGGGGCGGGGGGAGGGUGCUGUGCCUUGUGGCAUGUGGGAUCUUAGUUCCUCUACCAGGGAUCAAACCUGCUCUCCCUGCAGUGGUUGCGUGGAGUCUUAACCACUGGACUGCCAGGGAAGUCGUUACAUUCAUUUUUGCAUGUGAAUAUUCAGUUGCUCCAGCACCAUUUGUGGAAAAGACUAUCCUUUCUCCAUUCAGUUGCUUUUGUUCCUUUGGCAAAGAUCAGUUGAUUGUCUUUGUGUGGGUCUGUUUCUAGGCUCUAUUUUGUUCUAUUGGUCUGUUUUCUAUUCUUUCACCAAUGUCACAUUGCCUUGAUUAUUGUAGCUUUGUAUUAAAUCUUAAAGUCAUGUA